AUGUCUCGCUUCACCAAUCGUGUGGCCAAUUCACUCUCAAGAGUUCAACAACUCCUUUUAUUCCUAUUGGUGGUUCAAUCCCUUCUCGUAGUAUUCUUCACUCGGGGCGUUUCUUCUUCAUUCACCUCGUAUUACAUUUCACCCUCAGGUCAAGACUCGAAUAAUGGACAAUCAAGCUCCACUCCCUUCAAAACCUUUUCCAAAGCCUUCUCCACCAUGAAAGGAGGAGAUGAAUUAAUCUUAAUGGAUGGAACUUAUUCAGAGGCAGUUGGAACAGGUUACAUGAGUUGGCAAGGAACCAAUUCAGGUCAACCACCUUCUGGUCUAUCACCCACCACUUCACCGACACGCAUUCGAGCUCUAAAUCCAGGUAAAGUCUUGAUUCAAGGUGAAUUGUUUAUUGGAAGAUCAUUCCGUAAGGAUUCGAACAUUACUGUCAGUGGCAUUACCUUUGAAGGAGAUUCUGAGAUUUAUAAUUGCAAUUAUUGUACUGUGAAAAAUUGUGAAUUUCACGGUUCGUUUUGGAUUGGAACCAACGAUCAUGAUAUGGAUAAUCAAUUCAAUUUGAUUGAAGAUUGUUGGAUUUGGGGAUCUCAACGAAGAAUCAUUUCUGGAAAUUACAGAGCGAAUUACAAUGUUUGGCGAAGAGUGGUGGUUCGAGGAGAUGGAUGUGGCCAACCAGAAUGUCAAGGCGAUGGAAAUCCAAAUGUUGGAUUCACAGUAUACGAUUCGCAUGACAAUCUCAUUGAAAACAUGAUCGUUGUGGAUCGAAUUCUUGCACCCAAUGAUGCUCCUUAUUCAGAUUUUGCUGCAGCUCAACACACACCAUUGCCCAUUUGGUACAAUGGAAGAAAUAAGUGGUUGGGUUGCAUGUCCAUCAAUGCUCCAGAUACAGGUUUCUAUUUAGAGCCAGAUGACAUUCUAGAUCCAACUUUCAUUUUGAAAAACUGUGUGGCUGUCAACGCUCACGAUACUGGAAUCAAUGUUGGACGAAAGGCAUCCAAUAUCUUGUAUGAAAUUCACACCUUCCUAUGCACUGUGGGAAUUACCACCACCGAUCCGACCAAGAGUUCUCCUCCUGCCUUAAAAUAUCCGACUCGAGUGGAGGCCAAUUCAUUUCUGAAAGGAGUUGGAUACAGCAAGAUGGAUAUUGGUGCCAAUGUCAUGACUAAAUAUGGAUGGGAUGGAGCUCGUGUUGGAGAUGUCAAUGUGGAAACUAUGACGACAAAUAGUUUGUGGCCAUGGCCAAAUGAAGAUCGAAUCAAAAAGGAAAUGUGUGCCAAUACGACGAGAGGAUUUUGUUCUAUGGGAAAGCAAUUGAAUGGAGUGAAUACAGUGACAUUGACUUCCUAUAUUUGGGAAAUUCUUGGAAAUGCCAUGCCAUCUGACAUUUAUCAACAAAAUACCACCACUGUGACCUGUUUCGGAUUAGCAGCCUCCAAUCAAAAUGUCUGUUCUGGAAAGGGUGUCUGCAUAUCCACCGAUUGGUGUCAGUGUGAUUCUGGUUAUUACGGAAAUGCCUGUCAAAUUGCAUCCUGUUUUGGAGUUUUAGCCACCAAUGCCACUGUCUGCAGUUCGAGAGGUUCAUGCACUUCCCUUAAUCAAUGUUCUUGUCAAUCUGGUUUUACAAGAUCGAACUGUCAAACGAAGGUGGUUGUGGUUACGGGAUCAAGUCCAAAGGCAAGCAUUUCACAAAAGAGAGCGAACUUGGCAUCAUGGUCGUUCCAUUAUGAUCAUAAUGGAUGGAUGAUGAGAAUGGUGUUCAUGAGCAUGAUGAUGAUGGUUUGGAUGAUUCCAUUUUUGUAUUAUUAA